GACAGUGGUAUGUCGUCAGGUGAAAACGACGAUUCCAUGAGAUACGUUUAUAAUCGUAAUAGAAAUGUUAGUGAUAGUUUAAGAUCAAGCGUAGCGGAUAAUGUAGUAACAAAGUGCCUAACCAAUAAUAAUCGUUGUGCUGUGCUCUGGAAUGAGAUUCCAAGUUGUUCAAAUGUUAAUAAUAAUAACGUCCUCAAAGCGCAGGGCUCGUUCAGGUCGCACUUGGACGAGUCCGACGAAGUGGACGGCGUUGAAGAUAACCUAAUCGAUUCAGAUUUCAUUGUGAUAAAUGUAUCGUGUGAUGUUAACGAUGUUUGUGAUUCGAGGAAGUGUGAGUCUGUUGUUGGUACAAAUGUUUAUAGCAUCGAUUGUGAUAAUUCAAGCAUUCUUAAUUUAGAUUCGAACCGCAGUCUAGUUCCUGUUUCUAACAACGAAAUCGUUAAAUCCGAGAGUCAGAAGUUGGUAAGUCUGUCUCUGUCGAUCCUCCUGGCGGCUCUGCUACAAGCGAUGCGCUGUUUUGCCCAAUUCUUAGAAGACAUCGUUACUCCUCAGAGAUUAUAGAAUAAUUGUGUUCCGAUAAUAUUUUUGUGCAGUAUUGUAUUCGCUAGUUAUAAGAAUGAUUACUAUUAUUUUUAUUAUAAUACAAAUGUCAAUAAUAUAUUUAACUACCCUC